GUAAUUUUUGUUACAUUUUUAUACUUAAGUGCUAACAGCGUUUCUUAGUAAUUUUAGUCAGCAUUUUGACAGCUUGAGAAAUGAAUGAGGAUUGCACAUUUUAGGUGACAGUUGGUCACAGUUGCUCUCAGUCCGUCGUAUAGUACGCACGUCCCUUAAAAUCAAAUGUUUAAAAGUUUAAUCUUUAACUUAAAUUUUAAAAAGUGAAAAAAAAAACUUAAGUUUUAAAAGUGAAAAAAAAAACUUUUUUGUGAUUCUCAAUUGAUAUACUCAACGCCACCUAGCGUCGGAUAGAAUGUUGAACUUAGUGUCGCUACUCGUCGCCGCGGCGCUAGUGUCGCUGCAAUGUAGGUUCGAAGCGAACGCACAGCUCGACAACAAACAGAUGGAUAACAAUAUUAAGGCUUUUGUGGCUCCUCUGACGAAAAGGCGCUCCCGUAACUUCGUAUCUAUACAACAGGCACCUCCAGAAACCGCCCGCCUUGCCGGCGCCCCAAUAGAACUGCGAUGUGAGAUCAUGGGUGUACCAUCGCCUACUGUACAGUGGUUGAAGAAUGGAGAGCCUGUUGCUGAUUAUAUGGACGAAACCAAUGAAAUCCAAGCAGUCUACCCAUCAAGCAUGGCCUGGCUCAUGUCCACACUGGUCGUGUCAGCGGCAGUCAGCGGGGACGUGUUCACGUGCGUUGCCACUACUGGGCUUGCUACUGAGACUGCUUCUACCACUGUGUUUGCGGAACCAGGUGACGACGCAAACCUCCUCCCCCUGUUCCCCGCCGCACCAGUAAUCUCCUCCUACUACGUGCAGCUCUUCCAGGACAUCGGCAGCGACGUGGUGCUGCCCUGCCGCGUGUACAGCCCUACGGAGCCGCAAGUGUACUGGCAGGACCAGCAUCAUAACGUCAUCUAUGACAACCCUAGGAUGAGGGUACUGCGCUCUGGAGACCUCUACAUAAAGGACAUCCGCUGGACCGACAUGGGCGAGUACACGUGCAACGCCAAGAACUUAUACGGAAAGACCACCGUCUCCAGCUUCCUCUAUCCCGCUAGGCCGAAACAUUAAACCAUCAAUAUCCGCCGACCAAGCCACUCCCGCCGAUGCUAAAUGAUGUUCCUAUUCGUAGUUAAAGUAUUAACGUAAAUUAACUUAUUAUUAGAUUAAGUUAUGCUUAAAAUCAAACCAUUGUACUUGCCUUGUUUCUAAAAUUAUGGUAAUUUUAUUAAUUUAUUAUAAGCUAUGAAAACAGCUCUUUUCUAAAUGGGUAGUUUAAUAAUGGUCCUAAGUAAACUAUUUUGGAAUUGGUCCCAGUAGUGGGCAUUCUUUGAACCAGUCUUUGACAGUAUGAUUUUUAAGCUUUGAUUUUAGACUAAGUAGGUAAUUAUAUAUCGUAUCUGGAUUUAAGCACAUAAAAGUGCUAAAAGCAUAAUUAAAUAAUUUAUAUUUUAUUUAAUGUAAAUACCCUCUUGUGAGGAGCUUUUGUAAAAUAGGGUCUGUAGUUUUUUUCAAAAAUGAAUAUUAUACUUUACCUAAAUUUUUUCGGCAUAUGUACUGUAAUUCUAUAAUUGUAAGAAAUUACUUAUUUACGUAUAAUAAUUAAGUUAAUCCUCCCAGACUUUUUAUAGUUUUAAAUUGCCGCAAACUGACAUAUCUGUUCAUAAGCAUAAUACCUAAUUUAUUGGCAAAUCAACCCUGAAAAAAUUGCCUAAACUAAAGUCCUUGUCAUCACUAAAGGUAGGACGCACGAAGAAUUUCGUACAUGGGCCCGCUUGUUGCUAUCAGUGCUGUCUCUAGCUAUUGCACGCGCAUAAUUAUAUUGCUGUCCCACUUGGGCAGUGUGGUUGACCGCUGGCAAUAUGGGCAAGAUAGCAAUAUAGCCAAUUACGCGCGUGCGAUAGAGAUAAGAUAGGAUAGGAUUCAUUCUUAGCCUUCUUACUUUCUUGCUAUUAGGUGGGGCGUUUUCUAAAAUAAAUAUUGAAAACCUGAUUCUCGCAGAUCCUGGUGUUUUUGGGUUAUUUCAACUCAGAAUGACUACCAUAUAAUAAAAAAAUGUCCCAAAAAUUUGUAUGAAAAUUGUAUAUUCCACUACGUCAAGCACAUACAAAUGAAAAAAGUUUCACACUUAAACGUGACGUAACGGAAUAGACAUUUUGGGACAUCUUUUUUUAAUGGCAGGAUGGAGAAUGCUGUCGAUUCUGAAUAGAAUGAGCCCAUGAAUGUCCGGAUUUGAAAGAAUCAGGUUUACAAUAUUUAUUUUAGAAAACGCCCAGGUAUGAUUGGAUAUCAUCUUAGAAUAGCAUUAUGUAAUGGCAGAAAGGGGUGAUAGUAGUAUUGACCCUGCGUAAACUUUCUCAAAAUUGCCUACCGUGAAAAACAUCGCCUGGCGUGAAAAAACAGUGAUUACCUACCAAAUAACUGUCUAUAUCCAAUUUCCAAUAAUGAUCACCUUUUUAACUAUAAAACUCCCGUGAGACUCAAACAUAUUAAAAUUAUUUUUAAACGGGUCACACACGUAUUAUUAGUCCUCGUAAAUUGGAUUGAAACAUGUCGAGCUAGGCGUAAUAAUACGUGAUUGACCCGUUUUAAAAUAAUUUUAAUUUAAUGAUCGCCUUCCUCACAUUAUUAGAAAUGAAAUAAAGACAGCUCUGCUGUUUGAUUGAAAAUCACAAAUUUAUCGAAUUCGAAUAGAAAUAUUGGGCAUGGUAGGCAAUGUCGAGUAAGUUUACAGAACCAACUAUAAUUCAAAAUCUUUCAUCUAUGGUCCAAAAUUAACUUGAAUAUCGUUAUUUAGAUUACGCAGUUCUUGAGCAAGAUAUUAUCAUAAACAAAAAAUUACAUUGGUUUUGAUACAAAAUUACCAACAUUCAUCACCACCACCACCAACCAACACAAUUGCUCCAACUUUUAGUGUUUCCGUUUGGCCCUAUGGUUGACUGGUAGAGAAUGCCUUUUGGCAUUAAGUCGCUGUAUCUUUGUGUAAUAAACUUUAAUUAAAUAAAUAAACUACAUAUUAAAACUGUGGACCAUAGUUGUAGUAUUGAACUAUGGUUGGUUGUUUUACUACUACUAAUGCUUGCUCGGCUAUAGCACAGAAUAAAUAUUACUACCGUACAGAAAUGACACUUCCUACAAAACCGAAGUUUGACAGCGAUACAGGGACGAAUCAUGCUGUUCUUUUCUAAUGUAUGGCCCUAUCCCUUUCGGCUAUUUAGGGUUGUCAAAUUUCAAGUCAUUUAUCUUAUUUGUGGCUGUGCACGCAAAGGGACGUCAAGUUGUGCCAACCCUAAUUAUUGCUCGUAGCAAUGCUGAGCCGAACGGAGCCGAGAAUGCCCGAAAGGAUGCGUGUCGCCCCACUGCCUAUAGCUACUAAUUGACAAGUUAUUUCACUAAACUUCACCUUUUAUACACCAACCAAAAAGACUCUAAUACCUAUAUGACAGUUAUAAGAAGUUUGUUUAGCAUAAUAAUGGUUUAAUAAGUAAACUCAAAACUUAAAUGUUUAAAGUGAUCAUUUUAUAAAAAACAUUGUGCCAAAAUAAGGCCGAAUUCGACUUUAAAACUAACUUAUAAUAUAAGUACAGUGUAGUUACCUAAUAUUGACAAUGUCCAUAACUGGUCACAGUCGAUCAUUGGUUACAGUUGAACACAACAAUUAUACUCGGAAUAUAAAAACAUAAGCAUAAUUUAUAACUCGUCACUUAUAAUUUAGUUAUACAGGUUUUUUAUUUAUGUUAUUUUGAUACUUAAUAUUAGUAGGGUUUAAGUAAUUAUGAAAUAUACUUAAGUAUAUGUUUGGGUGUUACAUACUGUCCUGUGAUUGGAAAUAAAUAAAUGUGUUAUUAUUACCAAACC